UUUUACACGUUUCUUGAGACAACUCUUGUCACCUUAUCAUUAUUGCCAUAUUUUGUCACAUUUUUCACUGAUGGUGAGAUACAUGGAACAGCAGGCAGCCUUGCAGCCACUUUUAUCACAUUCAUUUUGAACUUAUCAUUUGCACUGAGUGUUCUGGGCUUCCUGAUUAUGCACAUAUCAUUGGUGGCAGCAAAUACCACCACAAUUGAGGCAUAUGAGAAGAAAAACACUCCUCAAUGGCGCUAUGACCUAGGAUGGAAAAAAAACCUUGAACAGGUGUUUGGGAUGGAUAAGAAGUACUGGUUAAUCCCUGCAUAUUCACACGAGGAUUGGAGAUCAAUGCCGGCACUUCAGGGUCUUGAAUAUCCAAUAAGGCCCGACUUUAAUGUGCUCCAGCAGUUAUAACAAUAGAUGACAACACCAGGGCAUUAGGUUGCAGUUCCUUUUACUAACACAUGGUCUGUGCAACUGGACUUUAUGCACAGAGACAACAGCAAUGGAUAAACUUCAGCUUUGGAGAUAUAUUACCAGGGUCUUUUGAAGGAGUGGUUGAAUAUUUGAACUUGGAGGGUGAUGUCUUAUUCUCACUGCUAGAUUAUGCCUGUUGGAAGUUAGGGUUUGGAAAAGGACUCACAGCUGCAUGUUGUUUUAUUAUGUAUAUGUCAUCAUAGAGAUUUGGUUAUCUAUAAAUAGAGUACAUUUGAGCGUGCUAGAAAUGGAAUGGUUUGUAUUGUGUGCGUGUGGACAUAGGACACAAGCUGGGGUGCUACACGUCCCUAAUUAUUGAUGUGGCACCCCCACCUUGCUGCGUGCCCCAUCAAUUAAUUUGGCUUUUACCAUGGUUUCAUGUAAAAACACAUAUGCAAGGCAAUAGUUGUAACUCAACCAUAAUUUGGAUUUUGAAGGAAAAUUCCAUACCUGUUUCA